AUGUCUCAGAUAAAUUGCACCCAAGUGACAGAGUUCAUUCUCACGGGCCUCACAGAUCACCAGGAAUUGAAGAUGCCCCUCUUUGUGGUUUUCUUAUUUAUCUACUUUUUCACAGUAGUAGGAAACCUGGGUUUGAUCAUAGUCAUUAGAACAGAUGCAAGACUCAAUACACCAAUGUACUUCUUCCUUAGCAAUCUGGCUUUUGUUGAUUUCUGUUACUCUUCUGUCAUUACACCCAAAAUGCUUGGAAAUUUCUUGUACAAACAAAAUACUAUCUCUUUCAAUGCAUGUGCUGCUCAGUUAGGCUGUUUCCUGGCCUUCAUGACAGCUGAGUGCUUGCUACUGGCUUCCAUGGCCUAUGACAGGUAUGUGGCCAUUUGCAACCCUCUCGUCUAUAUGGUCAUAAUGUCCCCGGGAAUUUGCAUUCAGCUUGUAGCUGCCCCCUAUAGUUAUAGCUUCUUAGUUGCACUAUUUCAUGCAAUCCUCACCUUCCACCUCUCCUAUUGCCACUCCAAUAUCAUCAAUCAUUUCUAUUGUGAUGACAUGCCACUCCUCAGGCUAACUGACUCAGACACUCGCUCCAAACAGCUAUGGAUCUUUGCCUGUGCUGGUGUCAUGUUCAUUUCCUCCCUUCUGAUUGUCUUUGUCUCCUACAUGUUCAUUAUUUCUGCCAUCCUGAGGAUGCGCUCAGCUGAGGGAAGACACAAGGCUUUCUCCACAUGUGGCUCUCACAUGCUGGCAGUCACCAUAUUCUACGGGACCCUGAUCUUUAUGUACUUACAGCCCAGCUCAAGCCAUUCCCUGGACACAGAUAAGAUGGCCUCAGUCUUCUACACAGUGAUCAUUCCCAUGUUGAACCCCAUGAUCUACAGCCUCCGGAACAAGGAGGUUAAAGAGGCUCUGAAGAAAGUUGUCAUCAGUAAAAACCAGGCUAUUGUGUUCAAGAAAUUAAGAAAGUGA